AAUUAACAUAGUUCAACAAAGAAGUGCUGUACAAUAAUUAUUUUUAAUAUUAUUAAAACAAAAUUAACAGCUAUCUGGACAAAAAAAUUUGAAUAUGCCGAACGAAAAUCUCCAGAAAUGUGCGCUGAAAAUCGCUCCUUCCAAGUUGACUUUUCAUAAAAAAGAAGGUUUAAACAAGAGUAAAUUUAUUAUUCAUAAUUCCUCAACAGAAACCAUUAUUUACAAGAUCAAGUCGAGUAAUCCAGAUGCAUUCCAAUUGCAUCCCACUAAAGGCAUUGUGAAAGGAAAAGAAAACGUGGAAAUAUUUGUUACGUUAAAUUUGGAUAAAAAUUGCGAUGAAAAUGAAAAGUUUCAAAUAUUACUUUCUAAAACAAACAAGAAACGAAUCAAAGAUGUUAACAGAGAAUUCAAAAAUGGAACCAUCGUUUCACAGCAAUAUCUUGAAUGCAUGGUGUUGAAUGAAAAUAAUUUAAGCCGUACAUCAGAAACAUCCCUUUUACGAAAGUUAUCGUGUCUUAAGAAAAACGUUAGAAUUAUGUUUUUUCUUCAGAAUAUCACUUUGUUUUUUAUUGUGCUGAUAUUUUUGAUGGCAUCUUGUAACGAAGAAGCAUUCCAAUUUGGUUAAAAUUAAAUAUUUUGAAUAAAUUGAUUACUAGGUUUGAAGACUAUAAUAAAAUAAAUUUAUACGAUAUUUGUUUAAUCGGUUUU